AUGGCCUCCCUGCGCACCUUGGCCAGCAGCUUCCCAGCAUGGGUUUUCUUCUGCUGCUGUUGCUGUCUCCCUCUUCUUCUCACCAGCUCUCUGCCUCUGAAAGGGGCUCCCAGUGCCCAUCAUGCCUGCAGGCUCAGGAAGAUCCACUUCCAGCAGCCCUACAUCAGGAAUCGUACCUACACCUUGGCUAAAACGGCCAGUGCUUCAGACAAGGACACGGACAACAGAUUGAUUGGGCAGCAGCUCUUUGUUAACAUCAGGGAAAACAACCGCUGCUACAUGAUGAAGAGGGUUGUGGAGCUUGUAGUAAAAGAUGUUCUCCUCACUGAAGUCAAGAGCCAGUACCCUUAUGUAGAGGAGGUGGCACAGUUCUUGGCAUCCCUGACCUCAGAGCUGAGCAGCUGUCAAUUCUCAGGAAAGAGAGACCACAUUGAAAAGAACCUGGAACAAAUGAAGAACAAAAUGGAACAGUUGGGAGAAAAUGGAAAGACUAAAGCCAUUGGAGAGCUGGAUUUACUGUUUGACUACAUGGAAAAUGCCUGUACAGAUGCCCCAAAGAAGGGAGGGAACAAGAAGAAAAAUUGA